UCCCGGAAGUCCCGCCCCUCGCCGGCAGAGGGGCAUCAGGAAUCCCAGCCCGGGCCCGGGACUGCACAGCACUUUCUGCAGAGCCUGGGGCGGGGAACCCAGCGGCCCGAGCCCCGGUUCCGGCAGCACAGGGACCGGCCGUGGCCUUAACCCCAAGGCGGCCCCGCUCCCGUUCUCGGCAAUAAACGUGGCCUCGUUUUGUAGCUGCUCCGCCUCCCGAGUUUGCGCGCGCGGCUCGCCCCCCCCCCCCCCCCCCCCGUCACCAUCAGGACUGGGACCCCUGGUCGUGAGCCCUCCGGGCGGCUCGUCCCUCCCGUGGCCUCCGUUUCCCCGGCCGCCUGCUCCCGGCUCGUGCUCGCGCGCUCGGUCCUCCACGUGGCCGCCCUGCAGGCACCCGUGCGCCCCCGCCUUCCGGGCGGCGAAGGGUGGGCGCGUCUGCGCGAUCCUCUCUGGGGCGUGGGGAGCCGCCCGGCCCCGCCCGCCCCGCCCCCGCCGAGCCCGUCCUCGCGCCGCUGUCCGUCCGGUCGGCGCGUACCCGGCCCCCCCGGGAUUCCACACGGUCUCCUCGCCCGGCCCUUGGGAAGCUCAGCGGCCGCGGCCCCGCCAGGGUGAGCGGAUCGGGGGCGCGCGGAGGCUUGGCCGCCACAGGCAGGAGCGGGGCCGAGCGCGGCCUCUGCACCGCCCGGAGACCGCGGUCCUGGUGCCGCGCCUGUGGGAAUGUGUGCGGGCAGCCGGCGUGUGUGGGCCUGCGGGGUGCCGCUCUGUGUGGGCGUGUGUUGCGAACCCCGAGACGGGUGCGUGGUGCGGGGCGGUAGAGGGUUCAGUGCCGCAGCUCGAGGAGGGUCAGGCGGACACAGGACCGUCCCAGGCUCACCCACCACCGGGAUCAGCCAGCACCCAGGGGCCCUCAUGCGAGACGCAGCCCCUGGGAGCACUACCGGCUGGCAGAGCGAUGCCUCACAACUCCAGCCACGGGGUCGGCCUGGUCCGUGGGGAUAAGACCUGGAAGGAGCAGGACAGGGACAGGGAAGGAGCGUGGAGAGGCGAAGCGGGCGGCCUGGCCUGCAAUGCCUCCUCCCCAUUCGCCCCUGAGCCUCCAGGGGCCGCAGGCAGCAGCAUCCCUGUCUACUGUGCCCUCCUGGCCAGCGUGGUCCUCGGUCUGCUUGCCUACGUGGCCUUCAAGUGCUGGCGCUCCCAUCAACAAAGACAGCAGCUGGCCAAAGCUCGGGCUGCAGAGCUGGGCGCCCUCGACAGGGACCCGAGGCACGGGGAGAGCAGUGUCUUCCUGGACGCUCCUAGCUGCCCAGGGCCACAUCCGGAGCUCGGCCGCCGGCUUUACCUCCACCUCCCUCAGCAGCAGCAAGAGGAAGUGGAGCGGCUCCUGGGAGUGUCGGGCGACCUCGACAAGGGCUGGCAGGGCCUGGCAGGCCGCCUGGGCUACCAGACGGAGGCUGUGGAGACCAUGGCCCAGAGCCAGGCGCCUGCCUGCGCCCUGCUGAGGGACUGGGCUGUCCAGGGAGGCAGUGGCGCUACCCUCAGGGUGCUGGAGGACGCCCUGGCCGCCAUGGGCCGUGAAGACGUGGUCCGGGUCCUGGGCCUCCCGCCCGAGGGCUGCUCUGUGGUGUGAGCCAGGCCCCCCACAGCCUGGCCUCGCGGGGUGCAGCCCUGUGCUCCCUACCACGCCCUCUCCCAUGCCCUUCCUUUCAUGGGCUUCCUGGCCUGGGUGGGCCCAGCCUGCUCCGUUCUGGAGGGACUCAGAAGGUGCAGCCACCACCCCCCUCCCCUGGUCCCAUGUCCCUCUGAGACAGAGACCAGGAUCUGGGGGAGCGGGCCUGCCCUCCUGCUCCCUAUCCCCUCCCCUUCCUUGGCCUGAACUGUUUUUCUACUUUUGUAUCCAUAGUAAAGGCAGCUCUGGGUUACUGUGCAGGCUCUGUCUGGCUCCGUGGGCCUGUGAGGCAGUGGGUGGCUAGGACGGGGUCCUGAGUUAUGGGAGGAACCUGGGCUGCAGGCCAUGUGCUCCCGUGCAGGAGGCAGGAGCUGUGGGGCUCGGCGCCGAGUUCGCCUCCUGCACCUGCAGUGCACGGGCGGGGUCGUGCUAGAGCUGUUGCUUUCUCAACUCUGGCCUCCUUCGCUGGAGAACAGGGACGAGAAUGGCAAGUUCAGCAGGUUCCCCCCACCUGAGACUCAGGUGGCGGUGUCCGGCACGGCGUGGAGGCUGGUCCCCAAGGACCUCUGGGCACCUACCUCUGGAGCUAAAGGGAGAAAGGGCCGCCGUUCCCAGGCCCACACUCCGGCCUCAGGAGCGGGAGGGCCAGCGUGCUUCCCUCGCUGCGUAUGUGCUGUCUGCACGCGCCGAGGGCUGGCAGGUCCCCCCACCCACCUGAGGGGCAGGUGAGGACAGGACAGCCGCAGCCCAGCCACCUCCAGCCCACGCUGCUCCCUCGGGAGGGAGAGGCAGGCAGUGUGGUGACCGCCUCGGGCGAGGGCUGCGGCAGCAGACAGGCCUGCCAAGGGAGGACUGACGGCUACCAUCCUGGCAGCCACCCCCAGUCUGACUCAGGAGACGUGGGGCCGUCAUGGCCCAGGGGCCCAGGGCAGGCCCCAUCCCCUGCUGAGAUGGCACAGACUGAGGACCCAGCUCACCAGCUGCUGCUGCUGGUCCUGAAAAACAGCUCUUGGGGUGGCUCGACCCCCAAUCUCUUCCUUCACAGGGAAGGCACUGCCUGGCCAGCCUGGCUCGGGCGGAGUGGUGACCUAUGAACCAGCAGGUCACGGUUCAAUUUGGUCGGGGCACAGGCCUGGGUUGCAGGCUGGACCCCCAGUGUGGGGCGUG